CACGUGUAUGUGAAAAUCAAUUACUAAGGUGCCGUUGCUGAGAUGGGUCGUGUGCGCACUAAGACAGUGAAGAAGUCCUCCCGACAGGUGAUCGAGAGAUAUUAUUCUAAAAUGACUUUGGAUUUCCACACAAACAAAAAGGUCUUGGAGGAGGUUGCCAUUAUUCCUUCCAAGCGUCUGAGGAACAAGAUUGCUGGCUUCUCUACCCACCUGAUGAAGCGGAUCCAGAAGGGUCCCGUUCGUGGCAUCUCACUAAAGCUGCAGGAGGAGGAACGUGAGAGGCGCAUGGACUUUGUGCCUGAUGAGUCUGCCAUUAAGACUGAUGUCAUCGAAGUUGACCAGGAGACUCAUGACAUGCUUACUGCACUAGGCAUGGCUGACCUUCCUGGAGUUAUCAAGCAGACUAUUGAACCACAGUCACUGCCUACUGCCCCUGCUUAUGGCCGAGGUGGUGUUGGUGGUGGUGGAAGGAGGUACUGAGUUUGUUUGAUAAGCAUCCAUGCUUUUACGAGAGCAAUACUGUUUUUACACCAGUUUCAUCUACGUAUGGUAGUUCUUACUAUUUUAAGCUUUUAAGACUGUUUUUAUUCAUGCCCUAAAGAUCAAUGCAAACAAAACAUUUGAGGUAUUCAUCUGAAUUGUUGUUAUUCUGAGGAUGUAUCUAUUUCCCUCUGCAUUUUAUCGCCGUGGAUUUCUCUUUA